GAGCAGAAUGACAGCCCGUAAAAUAUACGGUACAGAUCUGCGAAGUUUAUGUUGACUGCUUUAAUGAACGCUCCUCGCGAAAUAGACUUUAGUAGGUCAAACACGAUGGACGAGGACAGUUGACGUUAGGGGGCUCCUCUAAAAAAAAAUAAAAAAAAUAAAAAUAAAAAUGCUUUAGUGUCAUUGUGUGAAGCUGUUUGGCGAAGGCGCGUCAGGGCUACAGUGAAAGUAACGGUGGGCACGAUGGCGGAGCGGGCCACCGGUGGCGCCUCGGCCGCCAUCUCUCCAGUGCAGCAGAUGCUGGCCUCUGGCACUGGAGCCCUCCUCACGUCCGUUUUUGUCACACCUCUGGAUGUGGUGAAGAUCAGGCUGCAGGCCCAGCAGAGCCCCCUCCAUCAAGCUUUAACUAGCAAUGCCGCUUCCUGGCCUGGUGUCACCCGCCCCUCCAAGUGGAAGUGCUUCCUGUAUUGUAACGGGUUGAUGGAUCACAUCUACGUGUGCCAGAAUAGAAGCAGCUGCACCAGCUGGUACAAGCGACAAACUCAUUUCAGCGGUACCUUGGAUGCUUUUGUAAAAAUCUACCGCCAUGAAGGGCUCAAGUCUCUGUGGAGUGGACUCCCACCCACACUCGCCAUGGCCGUUCCCGCCACCGUCAUCUACUUCACCUGCUACGACCAGCUGCGGGACUUCCUGCGCUUCAGCAUGGGUUUCCACGGCAACCACAUCCCGCUCCUGGCCGGGGGUAUCGCCAGAUUGGGUGCCGUGACGGUCAUCAGUCCUCUGGAGCUGAUUCGGACCAAGAUGCAGUCCCGCCGCCUCACGUACGGUGAGCUGCGCAUUUGCAUUGGCAGUGCCGUGGCCCAGGGGGGCCUGGUGUCACUGUGGCGCGGCUGGGGGCCCACCGUGCUCAGAGAUGUGCCCUUCUCUGCCAUUUAUUGGUUCAACUACGAGCUGGUGAAAGCCCAACUAUGUGGACGAUCCCAAAUGACCCAGGCCAACAUCACCAUCAGCUUCACCGCAGGCGCUGCCUCAGGAGCGAUCGCCGCCAUCUUGACGCUGCCCUUCGACGUGGUGAAGACUCGCAGACAGAUCCAGCUGGGAGAGAUGGACACGCUAGGAACCCCGUUAAAGAAGACAGCGUCCACGUGGCGCAUCAUGAGGGACAUCUGGAGCGAGGUGGGCUAUCGGGGGCUCUUUGCAGGUUUCAUGCCCAGGGUGAUCAAAGUGGCGCCGGCCUGUGCAAUCAUGAUAAGCACCUACGAGUUCGGAAAAGCCUUCUUCCAGAAAGUCAACCGUGAUCGUGAGCCUGUGGCGUCCUGACGGGACUUUGGGGAACUCCCGAGGAGCAUUUUUUUAUGUUCGCCAUUUUGUCAAAUCGGAGCAAGUUUAUGAUCAAACUGAGGCGGUGUUUUUUUUUUUUUUUUUAAUAAGUGCAAUUAAGGUUUUAGUAAAGAGUUCUGAACCCCAUUCCACUAAUUAGGAUUACAUCUUGUGUUUCUGGACAAGUCAUUGUUUGAACUACUGUAUCGACAACAUCCGUGAUUCAUUUCAAUAACUGUCACAAGGCUCGGGCUGUGACGCGAUGCCUCAUAACUCCAUGAUGAAAGACUGCAUGGGCACAGAUGCAUGGACACUAAUUAAUUCAUUGAGUGCUCCGCAGAAGCUGGGGGAAAAAAAACAUUUUGGACUCAACAUUUUGUAUGCAAGACAAGAACUUACUCCCACAUUUCAACUCAUUAUGCUGGUUAAAUGCUUCUCUCUCUUGCUUCUCUCCAUUUGCAUAUGUGGAGCAAAGCCAUAGGAUAUCAUAGGAUCCUAGCAAGAAAAUGGACUUCUGCUGUAUAUUAUAACGCAAGCGCGAGACACCCUCACAGCUUAUAAAAAAAGAUUGCAAUUUUCAAACAUGCUAAGUCCUGGUGGUUGGUGUCAAAUCCUUAAAAUCUUUCAGAGGUUUGUUUAAGGAAUAUGUGACCUCUCUGUGUCAUAAAGUAUAAUUAUGUUGCUUUAA